CAGACAUGGCGCCCUCUAACAGGGGUAAUGGACAGCUGUUAGCUAACUUUUAGCUACAAAUUCAUGAAAAUAAGGUAUCGAUAGUGUACCAUAUAGUCUGGAAACAUGGGUUUUAUUAGGCACGUUGUGUGUGCAAUGUCAGGCGGCGUUGAUAGCUCUGUGGCGGCUUUGUUGCUUAAGAGAAGAGGUUACAGCGUUACAGGAGUUUUUAUGAAGAACUGGGACUCCCUGGAUGAGUCUGGGGUUUGCACCACAGAGAAGGACUGUGAGGACGCACACAGGGUCUGUCGGGCCUUGGACAUCCCCUUCCAUCAAUUAUCCUACGUUAAAGAGUAUUGGCAUGACGUGUUUAGUAAUCUGUUGAGGGAGUAUGAGAAAGGAAGGACACCAAAUCCAGACAUACUAUGCAACAAGCACAUCAAAUUCAACCAUUUUCACAAGUAUGCCAUCAACACUCUGGGUGCUGAUGCCAUGGCAACAGGCCACUAUGCCAGGACGUCACAGGAAGAUGAAGAGGUUUUCCAACAGACACAUGCAACCCCAUCCACCACGCUCUUCAGAGACCGGUUUGAAAUCCGAAAUCCUGUUAGGUUGCACAAGGGCGCAGAUCUCCUUAAAGACCAAACCUUUUUUCUCAGUCAGAUCUCACAAAAUGCCCUGCGACAAACCAUGUUUCCGCUAGCAGGACUCACCAAAGACUUUGUCAAAAAAAUUGCUGCUGAGGCAGGCUUCCAUCAUGUUCUUAAGAAGAAAGAGAGCAUGGGGAUCUGUUUCAUUGGAGAGAGGAACUUUGAAAACUUUAUUUUGGAGUAUCUAGAACCUAAACCAGGGCACUUUGUCUCUAUUGAAGAUGGAUCUAUAAUGGGACACCACAAAGGCUGGUUCACUCUGACACUGGGACAGAGGGCAAGGAUAGGAGGGCAGAAAGACCCCUGGUUUGUUGUGGACAAAGACAUUGGGACUGGAAAUGUGUUUGUGGCUCCAACCACCAAUCAUCCAGCUCUUUUCCGUGACACAAUACGGACGGACCGUUUCCACUGGGUAACGAUGGACCCUCCUCCUGAAUUGGCUAAAACCCAGAUGCUGGAGUGUCACUUCCGCUUCAUCCACCAGAUGCCACUGACUCCCUGUACUGUGACUCUGAACAUGGACGGCUCUGUGUGGAUCUCACUCUCAGAGCCAGUCAGAGCUCUGACUCCUGGACAGUUUGCUGUGCUCUACAAAGGCGACGAGUGUCUUGGCAGUGGAAAGAUAAUCCAGUUGGGGCCCAGCCAAUACACUCUGCAGAAGGGUCGGGAGCGGUUGACAGCAGCCGUACAGCACAAGGAACCAACCCCUGAACCUGCCAGCUGACCCUAGACACAUCCUAGCAACACAGAAAACCAUUCUAUCCAGUGCAUUAGGUUAGAGCCCCCUGUUCAUGAAAAUAAAUGGUCUCAAGACAUGACCUGAUACUCCUGCUGGACACAAUGGAUUAUUUCUACUGUUUUCCAGCAAAUGUUUGGACUAAAAAUCGAAGCUCUUAAAUUACAGGACCUUAUUAUAAAAUCUAGCACUUGAUACUGUAUAAGACAGUGAGUCGACAUGUAGACCACUGCAAUUUUUUCCAGGUGAACUGUUUUUAUUUUUUUUUUGUAAUAUACAUUGAUGCUCCCUAUUUUUUUUUUUUUCUUCACUGAGCCUGCAAGAUAGUGCUACUAAAAGUAGGACUUUUACUGUGAGCUAUAAAUAGAACAAGUUAUAACAGG